AUGGAAUUUUUUGAUAUGGAUAUCCAGCCAACUAAAUCCAACAAUAACUCGACUGUGACAAAUUCAUUACGCUCAAACCCGAUUUUACAUGUAGAAUGUUGCUUGAAGACACAAAGUACAGCCGAAUACGAAGAAAUCCAAGAAAGUGUCGAGAAAUUUCUACGAGAAUUCAAGUCUUCAGUAUUAUGCUACUCGGAAAUCACAGACUUUUAUGAUAUCCCGUUGCUCGGUGAACAUCUCGAGAAUAUGAAAGUUGCAGAGGCUGGCGGUAGUAGUGAUGAUAGUGAAGCAAUUUAUAUUCUUGAUGAUGUGAACUUGGAUAUUCACGUGUAUCAACUAGAGGAAGAUGAAGCAGUCGAUGAAUUCCAGGAAGAGGAGAAUGUGUUGGCUGCGAAUCAUUGGGAACUACCAUCGCGAGCCUUGGAAGGAUUAUGGGAUAAUCUUAUAUUUGAUAAUAACGUAAAAACGCGAUUGAUUGAGUAUGUCACAACCACAAUGUUAUUUUCUGAUCGAGAUAUCAAUCCUAAUAUUAUUUCUUGGAAUAGGGUUGUUCUGUUACAUGGACCCCCAGGAACAGGAAAAACCAGUCUCUGUCGUGCUUUUGCGCAAAAGUUGGCAAUUCGGUUGGUUGAAAGAUACAAUCACGGAGGAAAACUCCUCGAGAUAAACAGCCACAGCCUAUUCUCAAAAUGGUUUUCAGAAUCCGGAAAACUGGUGCAAAAGCUUUUUCAGCAGAUCCAUGAUAUAAUCGACGAAGAGGAUUGUUUUGUGUGUGUGCUGAUAGAUGAAAUAGAAAGCCUGACCGCGUCACGGAAAUCUUCGUUGUCCGGGGCAGAUCCAUCUGAUGCUGUUAGGAAAAAUGUCUUGAUAUUAGCGACAUCAAAUAUCACUGAGGCGAUAGAUGUCGCGUUUAUUGACCGUGCAGACAUAAAGCAGUACAUCGGCCUACCAUCACAAAAAGUCAUAUACACUAUUCUCUCAAGCUGUAUACAAGAGUUGAUCCGUGUUGGGAUUAUUAGUACAGAGGAAACACUACUCGAUUGGCGAGCCGCAGAACUAUACCACGACGCAACGAGUAACAAUCAUGAAGUGAUUCCAAGCAUGAAAUUAUUUGAAAUAUCGAAAAAGUGUCAGGGAAUGAGUGGACGCGUUCUACGGAAACUCCCGUUUCUGGCACACGCGCAUUUCCUACAAUCACGGAAGACUACCAAACUCUCGGAUUUCCUUGACGCGUUGGACAAGACAGCUACCGAAGAAUCGUCAUCCUCAUUUCGAACAUAA